AGUGCAAUUCGGUCCCCAUCUUUUAAUCCCCCGUUCCUUAAACCCUUCACUUUCCUUUCUCCUGCAAAAAAUACAAAUUCCGCCUUAACAAAUCCCCAAUUCGGAUUUUAGGGUUUCAGAAAUGCGAGUUUUACAACGAAUCUUAACAAAUUUCCCCCCAAAACCACUUCCUAAAACCCUAAAAAACUUCAAUUUUGUUGCGCCUUUUUGUACUGGAAAUGAUUGGAGUGGGAAUAAUAUCGGGUCUGAUUUGGGUUGGGAUUCGGAUUCGGGUUCGAAUUCAUGGUCAACUGGGUUAACUAAGGAGCAUUUUGAUGGACAAGUUGUGGGUCGACAAAUGGGUUCGGGUCAACCCGGUGGGUUCGGGUCAGCGAGGUGGACUGAUGAAGAAAUGGAAAAAGUGAAGCAACUUGAAGCUGAGAAUAGAAAAGGGAAAGCUUUUGUUAAUGGAUGGGAUGAUAGAAUGAAGGAUAUCAGUGUUUUGAUGAAACAGCAAAAGAAACAUCUGGAACAUAAUGGGAUAGCUCUUCUCGUCAAACUGUCCUGUGUAAUGGAACCAGGUGCAAGGGGGUCUUAUUUGAAGGAUUCAGAAAAGACAGAAAUGUACAAGAAGCAUAAGGAGAACCCAGAGUUGUAUACUGUUGAGCGCUUAGCAAAAGAUUACAGGAUCAUGAGGCAGAGAGUUCAUGCAAUUCUAUGGCUGAAGGAACUUGAGGAGGAGGAAGAGAAGAAGCUUGGGCAUCCGUUGGAUGACUCAGUAGAGCUCUUGCUUGAUACAUGCCCAGAAUUUUUCAAUUCUCACGACAGGGAAUUUCAUGUUGCAACUCUUCCUUAUAAACCCGACUUCAAGGUCAUGCCCGAGGGUUGGGAUGGGACUACGAGGGAUCCUGAUGAGGUGCACUAUGAAAUAUCAAUGAAGGAAGAUGAGAUGUUGUAUCAAGAGUUUGUCCAAAGGAUGAACUUUAACAAGAUGAAGAUGGCGAAACAAGUGAAAUGCCACAAGUAUAGCCGCAGGCGCCCUUCAAAUGGCUGGAAUUUCACUGUUGAGAUGCUAGGAUCUCGUGGCAAGCGUGGGAAUGGUGGUGGCUGGAAGUUUGUUAGUCAACCUGACGGUUCCAGUCGACCCCUUGAUGAGUUCGAGAAGAUGUUUGUCAAGCGAGAGACCCCACGACGAAGGAAAAAAAUUCUUCCUUGAAUCUCUGGCUACCGCAAAGUAGAUUCCAGUUAAAAGAAGUGUUCUUUAAGUUGAUUUUCUCAUAAUUGACGCAUUUCUCUAAGUUGUUUUUUUGGAUUGUCGUGCGGCAGAGCCAAUAUAACAUUGUUUUAUCAAAA